AUGGUUGACUACAAUUCAAAUGAUUCUGGCAACGAAGCCGAGUUAAAACAGAGACUGAGUACUCCUAACGGAGUAAAUACAAAGAAACAGAAGGAAACAGUUGUCUUGGGAAAGAGUCUGAGUGAUGUUCAUCUACCAUUAACAGAAAUUCAUUUAAAGUCACAUGAAUGGUUUGGUGAUUUCAUUACAAAACACGAAAUACCACGGAAACUAUUCCAUUCAUCUAUUGGUUUUAUUACCCUAUAUCUUUACACUCAAAAUGUUGAUUACAAGAAAGUGAAAUUUCCAUUGAUAGUAGGAUUUACUGUCGUAUUUAUUUUAGACUUCAUUCGUCUACGUUCUCCAUUCUUCAAUAAAAUGUAUUGUCGUUGUGUUGGGGCAUUGAUGAGGAAAAAAGAAAUUCAUACGUAUAAUGGAGUCCUAUGGUACUUAUUGGGCCUGACUUUUGCGUUCUCCUUUUUUAGUAAAGAUAUCGCGUUAAUCUCACUGUUCUUACUAAGUUGGUCAGAUACCGCUGCGUCUACUUUCGGUAGAAAGUACGGACACCUUACACCAAAAUUGGCCAGAAAUAAGUCUUUAGCAGGUUCCAUUGCAGCCUUUUCCGUUGGUCUCAUAACUUGUUACUCAUUUUACGGAUUCUUUGUGCCUCAUUAUAACUGGGUGAACAAACCAGGUGAAAUCUCCUGGACCGAAGAGACAAGCAAACUAAACCUACUACAACUUUCGCUAUUAGGUGGUUUUGUCGCAGCUUUGAGUGAAGGUAUCGACUUGUUUAACUGGGAUGAUAACUUCACUAUUCCAGUUCUAUCCGCCAUUUUCAUGACAGCUGUCAUCCGCAUUUUCAAGAAUUGA